UGCACUGUGUCCCUCGGACACAGCGGAUCAUCGCUCAACGGAAAGAGCCGAAGAUGUCGGCUCAGUCAUGUUAUCAGCUGUGUCCAAUCACAGCUGAUCACAUGGGACAUGUACACAGAUCAUCAGAGCACUGAUGAUCAGUGUGUCCUGAUGAUCUGUGUAGCCCCAGCAGUGCCACCUGUCAGUGUCCAUCAGUGCCAGCUGUCCGUGCUCAUCCAUGCCACCUGCCAGUGCCCAUCAGUGCCACAUUUCAGUGCCACAUCAGUUCCACAUAUCAGUGCCCAUCUGAGCUGCCUUUCAGUGUCACAUAUCAAUGCCAGUCAGUGCCACCUAUCAGUGGCAUAUAUGAGUGCUGCCUUUCAGUGCCCAUCAGUGAUGCCUGUCAAUGCCCAUCAG